CCUGCCAAAAGCGGAUACACUGGUCCUGAAUAUGAACUGAGGGGACCCCCACGCUCCAGAGUAGAGGGGGCUCCACGAGUACUAGAUCACUGCCCAUUGCUGCUCUCAGCCCCAGUAAGCACCAGGCAGGGCUGGCAGGCUGCAGCCUGAGGCUCACUUUAAUGAUUUCCACAGGGUUCUUAGAGGACAGGGUGAUCAGAACAGGAGUCCUGUGUGUUCACAGAGCAGUGCCCACAUGGAAACCUACAGGGCGGCCCUCUUAAAGGCAGGGUGGUACCUCCCUGCUGUGGGCGCUCACACCCUCUCAUCCUCUCUCCCCUCUGCCAGAUCACCCGCUGUCCUACCUGCACUCCUGCCUGUUGUCCCUGACCACAGCCACCAUGCGUCGGGGUCGGAGGAGUAAGCUCCGCACCCGUGAGAGACGCCGCCAGGCCCAGAGUGGGACCCAGGGUCUGACGGGUGCUCAGGCCACUCCGGCCGCCUCGUCUUCGUCUCCUCCUCCUCCCCUUGGAGUUACUGCUCAGAGAAAGCUGGGUGCUAAGUCAUGUAGCACUCUCAAGAGUCCUCAGAGGGCCCGAGCCACCAGCACUAAGCCUGCAGGUGUUUCUCCCGGAAGAUCAUACAAAGGAGCCAAAGGCCAAAUGGAGAAAAAGCAGAGGUCCUCUCAGGCCCCCGUCUCCGCUGUGCGGUCUCGAAAACGCGCUCUAAGGAAGACAGCGAAUGUGUUGGUGCAGUUCCUGAUGCACAUGUAUAAAAAGAAGAAGCCUGCUAUGAAAGCACAUAUGCUGAAGCUGAUCCGCAAAAAGUACCAAAAUCAAUUCCCUGAGAUCCUCAGAAGAGCUGCUUUCAACUUGGAGGUGGUAUUUGGUAUUGACUUAAAGGAGGUGGGCCGUGCCAAGCAUUCUUACACCUUUGUCAGCAAGAUGGCUCUCCCCAACAAUGGGGCCGUGAGCCGUGUCAGGGGGUUCCCCAAGACUGGCCUCCUGAUGCAUCUCCUGGGCGUGAUCCUCAUGAAGGACAACUGCGCCACCGAGGAGACUAUCUGGGAAUUCCUGAGUAAGAUGAGAAUCUAUGUCGGGAAGAGGCACUUCCUCUUUGGGGAGCCCAAGAAGCUCAUCACCGAAGAUUUGGUGAAGCUGAAGUAUUUGGAGUACCGGCAAGUGGCCAACAGUGAUCCAGCGCGCUACGAGUUCCUGUGGGGCCCGAGAGCCCACGCCGAGACCAGCAAGAUGAAAGUCCUGGAGUUCCUGGCCAAGGUCAAUCACACCGUCCCCAGUGCCUUCCAGUCUUGCUAUGAAGAGGCUUUGAAAGAUGAGGAAGAGAGAGCCCAAGCCAGUGGCUGUUCCAGUGCUCUGUCCAGCUCCUCCCACACAGAAUCUAGGGCAGAUCCUGUACUCCGUGGCUGAAGAGAGCACUCAGUGUUCCAAGUAGUGUAGGGCUGGGUGUGACGGAGCGAACGGGCUGUUGAUACCCUCGUGCUCCUGUUCUGUGUGGGGAAUUUGGAAAUACGUCUGUGUUUUUGUUUUUUUUGCUUUUUUUCAAACGCUACUCCUAAAUGAAAUUUU